AUGGUUUACAGCAAGCCUAGCACCUCAAGUGGUGCCAUGAAGCGUUCUGCUUCGGCCCUCGAGGGGCCCCCUGGCUGGGAUGCUCCUCCUCCUAUGAUGACUCCAUCCCGUUCUUUCCGUCUGCCAUACGCUCAUUAUGCCAUGAUAUACCUCGAUCACGACGGAAAGUUGAAGGUCGACGAGUCGUCCUCCAUCCAAGAACAGAACGCCACCAUCUUCUCUCCCGAUGUCCGUCAAAACUUCCUGGAGAUCCUGGGUGAACGCAUCGGUUACCAGCAGCCCGCUACUCGACGUGUUGUGGAGGCCUCUCCUCGCCGGGUCCGCCGCCGCCGAGGAAACGCUGAUACUUCUAUCGAUUCCCGGAUCGAAGAAGAACCCUCUGACAGCGAUGAGUAUGGCCACAAUAGGUCUACGGAAAUGGUUCCUCUGCGAAUUGGAGACACUGCAAAGGUGACCUCAUAUUAUGAAGGUGCUCUGAAGCACUUCCAGCAGCUCAACUGCCGCAUGGUCGCCAAGGCUUUCAUCAAGUUCAUCGAGCCGCGCAAGCAAGUUCGACACCCAUAUAACGGUGGCAAGCCACCAGCAGGCUCUGCCCCCGGUGCCACCGGAGACCCUGAGAAGACCAAGCCUGAGUGGUGGCCUCCAGGUGUCAUGCACAAGGAGCCUGACCACCUGCGGAAAGAAUAUCGAAUCGAGCUUUUGCUGCACAUCAUCCGCAACCUCUCCGCCUACGGAAUCACAGCCGACAAGCUGAAGGAAGUCGCUGGUGACACGAAGCGGAGCUUGAAACACCCUUCUCACGUUGACAUAAUCUACGAGAUCCUUCGUGUGAGAAAGAUGGAAGAGCGCUUCGAGCGCGGUGAAGUCGAUGCCAGCAUGGUUGUUUAUGUUAUGAACCGAGGCCCCAGCCCAAAGGGUGAUGAAGACGAAGAGACCAACGAGCCUGCCGUUCCCGAGAUAGCAGACCAUCUCGACGGUGGUGCCCUUACACCAACAUCCACCCUGGAGCAAAUCCCUCCUCUGGCAACCCCAAUUGACACCCUGCCCAUGACAAACGCUCGAUCUCUACCCGGCAACUUCUCAGUCCCAGAUGGCCUGCACUUCGAUAACCGACAGGACCGUUCAUACUAUGCGACCCCUCCCCAAUACUCCGACUCUUUCUCCCAGGCAAUGCUUAGCACACCUGUAAGCGCAGAGCUUAUCAGUCCGCACGAUGUCUCCGUUUUCGACUACUCGCAGAAUCCGUUCCCCGCAUCGAGCCCAGACCAGCCUCGUAGCGUGGCCUCAAAUCACUAUGAUGCAUGGGCGCCGACCUUCCGCCAGAAUAUCUUCAACCCGGUAGACUACGCGUCCGCCGGCGCUGUGCCUCCACCCCCAAUGUCCUUCCACAUGCCUAUGGCCUCGACUGCCCAGAUGCAUGACAUGGCUCACCAUGCCCACAUGGAUUCAAGGGCCCUUCCUUUCCGCACCGGCUCAUUGCCCAACGGGCUUCCUAUCCCUCACCAUGCUUAA